UUUUAUUUGUCUUCUGAUUCAUAGAUUAUAUAUGAAUUUGUGUAUGAUUUGCAAAGGGGGGAGUGUUUUCAAAGUUAAGUGUAAUUAUAUAGCAUCUCGUUUUGCACUGUGAUCAAAUGACUUGUUGCUGUUAACCAGUGAUAAUAAUAAUAUAGGUGUUUUUCUCUGGGAGGGAUGGAUUGUGGUUAUGAUUAGGGUAAUGAUUUCUGUUAAGGACGCUCAGGAAAUCGGGUUGAAGAUGAUGUCCUCUGCCUUAAUUUAUCUUCCCCUCCUUGUAAUCUGUUUCUGGGAUGUUAAUCGAUUAAUCAGUUCUCAUCUCUAUAGCUGUCACAGAUUUGGACUUGUUUUGCUUUGUUUUAACUUGAAUUCUAAGAAGAAAGAUUGGAUAGACUGGAAUAAAUUGCAGCUGUCCAGAUAAGCCCGACAUUGUCACCUCCUCUUUGAGGGGUUAGAAGAAGCUGAGAUCUCCCGACAGAGCUGGAAAUGGUGAUGAAUCUUUUUUAAUCAAAGGACAAUUUCUUUUCAUUGCACUUUGACUAUGGAAACAGAGGCUAUUGAUGGCUAUAUAACGUGUGACAAUGAGCUUUCACCUGAAAGGGAGCACUCCAAUAUGGCAAUUGACCUCACCUCAAGCACACCCAAUGGACAGCAUGCCUCACCAAGUCACAUGACAAGCACAAAUUCAGUAAAGCUAGAAAUGCAGAGUGAUGAAGAAUGUGACAGGAAACCCCUGAGCCGUGAAGAUGAGAUCAGGGGCCAUGAUGAGGGUAGCAGCCUAGAAGAACCCCUAAUUGAGAGCAGUGAGGUGGCUGACAACAGGAAAGUCCAGGAGCUUCAAGGCGAGGGAGGAAUCCGGCUUCCGAAUGGUAAACUGAAAUGUGACGUCUGUGGCAUGGUUUGCAUUGGGCCCAAUGUGCUUAUGGUACAUAAAAGGAGUCACACUGGUGAACGUCCCUUCCACUGUAACCAGUGUGGAGCUUCUUUUACUCAGAAGGGCAACCUUCUGAGACACAUAAAGUUACACUCUGGAGAGAAGCCGUUCAAAUGUCCUUUCUGUAGCUACGCUUGUAGAAGAAGGGACGCCCUCACAGGACACCUCAGGACCCACUCUGUGGGUAAACCUCACAAGUGCAACUACUGUGGACGAAGCUACAAGCAGCGCAGUUCACUGGAGGAGCACAAGGAACGCUGCCACAACUAUCUCCAGAAUGUCAGCAUGGAGGCUGCUGGGCAGGUCAUGAGUCACCAUGUACCUCCUAUGGAAGAUUGUAAGGAUCAAGAGCCUAUUAUGGACAACAAUAUUUCUCUGGUGCCUUUUGAGAGACCUGCUGUCAUAGAGAAGCUCACGGGGAAUAUGGGAAAACGUAAAAGCUCCACUCCACAAAAGUUUGUGGGGGAAAAGCUCAUGCGAUUCAGCUACCCAGAUAUUCAUUUUGAUAUGAACUUAACAUAUGAGAAGGAGGCUGAGCUGAUGCAGUCUCACAUGAUGGACCAAGCCAUCAACAAUGCAAUCACCUACCUUGGAGCUGAGGCCCUUCACCCUCUGAUGCCGCACCCGCCAAGCACAAUCGCUGAGGUGGCCCCAGUUAUAAGCUCAGCUUAUUCUCAGGUCUAUCAUCCAAACAGGAUAGAAAGACCCAUUAGCAGGGAAACCUCUGAUAGUCAUGAAAACAACAUGGAUGGCCCUAUCUCUCUCAUCAGACCAAAGAGUCGACCCCAGGAAAGAGAGGCCUCUCCCAGCAAUAGCUGCCUGGAUUCAACUGACUCAGAAAGCAGCCAUGAUGACCACCAGUCCUACCAAGGAAACCCUGCCUUAAAUCCCAAGAGGAAACAAAGCCCAGCUUACAUGAAGGAGGAUGUCAAGGCUUUGGAUACCACCAAAGCUCCCAAGGGCUCACUGAAGGACAUCUAUAAGGUUUUUAAUGGAGAAGGAGAACAGAUAAGGGCCUUCAAGUGUGAGCACUGCCGAGUCCUUUUCCUAGACCAUGUCAUGUAUACUAUUCACAUGGGCUGCCAUGGCUACCGGGACCCACUGGAAUGCAACAUCUGUGGCUAUCGAAGCCAGGACCGUUACGAGUUUUCAUCACACAUUGUUCGAGGGGAGCACACAUUCCACUAGGCCUUUUCAUUCCAAAAGGGACCCCUAUGAAGUAAAGGACUGCACAUGAAGAAAUACUGCACUUACAAUCCCACCUUCCCUCAGAUGUUGGCAUACCGUUUUUUAAAAAAUAUUAUUACUGUCAAUAAUUCUUAUUUUGUGGACGCAGUGUCAUUUGCUCUGCCUAAUUACAAUGAGGAAGAAGCAGAAGAGAGAAGGGACGGGGAAUAUUGUUUCCUGAUAACUUGGCUUGUUUAUUUUAUGGGAACUUAAAGCAGUUCAUAUCUGCCACAUAUAGAUAUAAGGCAUACCGUGCUUUGAAAAAAUCACUUGAUUCAUAUAGAUUCACCUAAGAUAUUCUAAUUUGCCACUGAUGUUCAGGAUUAUGAUGGAAGGCAGGAAAUUUUAGGGUUUUCUGGGUAGGACUUCAGCGAUUUCAAAUGGUAUAAGUAAUUUUACUCUUCAAAGAAGAACUUGUUUCAAAAUGUAAACUGGUUUUUUGUUCUUUAGAGAUUAUGGAAUACAAACACAUUGUUAUUUUCAGUGAUAACUCCUAGGAUGAGUUCAGUCGUCAUGGGUUCUAUGUUUACUUCCCCUACGGAAUUUAUAAUUCAGUAUGUUUUACACUGUACCAUAUAGCAAAACUUUUAAACUACAGGUAGUUAAGGACCACUGUAAUACAUCUGAGGUCCUUUGAUCUUAUUUUUCUAAACUUAAGCACUGUUUUUCCAUAGUUUUGAUGACUGGCAUUUUAUAGACACCCUGGCAGCCUUACUUUUAACACCUUUAAUAGUAUUUUUAUGUAGUUUUCAGAAUAACAUAUGGUCUACAAGAGGGGAUAAGAGGCAGUCAGUAAUUUCCAGGUGGGACUCCACUUUUCAUAAAUUUGGGAUUUUUUUUGAAAGUUGUGAUGGCGGCAUAGUAUGUGUAUUUGUUUCUAAAAGUAUGCUUACAGUUGUCACUUUAUCAGCAUUUAAUCAGUGUUAACCAGUCAGCAGAAAAAUAUAAUUAGGCUAACAGUAGGGGGAAAACCCACUAGAAAUCCCUUUUCUGGUAUUUCUCUCUUCACUGGUUCUUUCAAGCUGUGACCACUCAGUGUUGUGUCCAUAGUUCAUUCCUCUUUUACUCUUGGAGUAGAAGGUCCUAAAACUUGUGCUAUAUAGGCUACUUCAUUCAAAAUCUUGAAGCAAUUGCUUAUUUGACCUGAAUGUGGUAACUUGAACCUUACAAGGUUAUUGAACUAGGGCUAUUCUAGUAUUUCUUCAGUAACAAUAUUCACUACUUUUGCUGCAGAGAAAAGGGAACUUCUUUGUAAUCUGUUCACUGGGCUACACAUCAAAGAAGCAACAAAAUUUGCUCUUAUCCUUCUUAUAGUAUAGAAUAUGACAGAACCUUCGAGCAAAAGUGCUGCACACUUUUCUGUGUUUUUUUUUUAAAGACAUUCAUCCCUGUAAAUCCCUUAGUACAGAAUUUUCCAUCUUUUAAUUUAUACAGAACAUAUGUUGCCAUAUUUCAUGUGCAGAUUUUAAUUUCAUUUAUGUGGGUGUUCUUUUUUGUUGUUGUUUUUUCUUUCCAUUCAACAGCAUUAGAGGGGAGGAACCAAGUGAUGCUGAUUCUCAAGUCAUUUGAGGGGAAACAGGGGAAGGUAGAACUUGCUGCUUGUGUUUGGGGAAAACAGGCCUGACCAUGACUGGAUUAUUUGAUAAACAUUUGUGAAUAUUGAACUUUCUAUUAAGCAGUAACUAAUUGCUGCUCUAAAAGAUCAUAAAAUAGAAUGCAACAGUGUGGUGUGAGAAGUAUCAAGACUAGAAAACUGUAGUCAGAUUAGCAAAUCUGGCCCCAGUGCUGCUGUUAAUUCAUUUUCUAGUUUACCGUUUGCUUAUUUAAGCAACGUCUAAGCACUAACACAUAACUGGGUAAAAUUAGUUAUAAUUUGGCUCUCUCUUUUACUAAGUCCUAUCAUAAUUAUUUUUGGAGAAAUGUCCAAACUGUUCCUUUAAAUCUGAGAAAUGCACCAAAACAGAGAUGUAUAGAAUGCCAACUGUUUUUUUUUUUUUUUUCCUGCAUGCCUUGGUACAUUGUGAACAUUAUUCAAAGAUAAAGCAUGUCUUUGAGGCUUUCUCACCCCCACCUAUCCUAACUCCUUCCAAAUCAUAAUUGAAAUGACAUUUCUAUUUUCCUUUUAGAUGAGGUUAAAAUAAUUUUAAGGCUCAUGAUUUUGUGUUUUACUGUAAUUUAGGGAAACAUUUGGAUGCCAGUCAGUAUGUUCACAAUUUUGCCUGUGUAUGAAUUUCUGCUGGCAUCAUUUAUGAAUUUUAUUUCUUUUUUUUUCACUUGAAUAAUCACUUACCUACCUGCCCUGGGAUGAAACUGAAUUUAGGUGGACCUAAAGAAUUGUAUAGUUCCCCUGUGAAGACAGUACUAAUGCACUCUCUUUUUCUGAUUUCAUUUUUAUGAGAAACUAUUUACUGAAAGGAGCUAAUACUUGUGAAUGUAUAUUUGCUGCAAAUGUAUACUUGCAUUUUCUUAGCUUCAUGAUAUGAGGAACAGAAAGAGAUGAUGGAUCAAGGUGUGUCUGGGACAAAUGAGGACAAGGUCAAUUCACAUUUGUAGGUUAGAAAGAAUUUUUGUGAACACAGUGCUUUCUGAGAAACACUGGAUGGCUAUAUUUGCAUGCCCCUUCAUCAAAAAGGGAAAUAUGCAACGUGGUAGCACCUAAAAAUAAAUACGAGGGUCAGACACAAAAUAAAUCAAAGGUUUUACAUAACAGUUGUAUGCCCAAUUUAUUUAGGUGAGAUUUCACAGUGCAGAAAGUAUUUGAGGGGCAUGAAAAUGGGUUAUCCUCUGUAUUUUCCAAUCUGGCAAAAAUCCAGAAAUUCAUCACAUCUCUUUGCCCUAAUUUUGCCCAGAUUUUUUUUCAUCUCCAGCUCUUUUUGGAAAAGAUUGCUGCCUCUUUGGAAUAGUGAUAGUCUCUUUUAAAAAGCCAUAGUAGGCUUUUUAAAACAAUGAAAGUGGCUAGUAGGCGGAUAGAAAGAGAUUUGAAGAUGUUGAAACAUUCCGUUAAGAAUUUUCUGGAGGGACAAAAUAGAAGAAUGAGAGCCUAGAAUUCGGAUUGGGGACAAAGUAGGAAGUUUCUGUCUUACAUACAUACAGGCAGUUGUAUGAAUCAGUGCAUGUGCUGUGCGUGUGUAUCACACACAUUCUUUAAAAGGAAAGUCAAGAAGCAAAAAGUUAUUAGAUGUUACAAGAACAUAGAGAUUUAAAAUUAUAGUUAAUACCUGAUUGUAUUAAAAAAAUAAUAAGAUGUUACUAGUGUGUCUUUAGGACUAGUGGCAAUUAUUAAACUUAAAUCUUUGGGUCUUUAUGAUCUACUUCCAGAACAAAGUGAAACAAUGAAAAAAAUUUAAGAUGAUUGAUAAAAAUUUAAAGAAACAUAAAUUCAUUUUUGAAAAGGAAGAAAAUAUAGAAAAAAUAGUAACUUUUACUUGUUGGUAAAUAGACAAAGAGAAGAAUAUUUUCAUGAGCUUUUAAAAAUUUAUUGUUUUUGUGUUUCAGUUAUACAACUCCCAAACCAUGAAGUGUUUAGAUUUUAUAGAUGUUUAUCAAAAUUUACACCAGAGAAGUCAUCCAGAUGAAAAAUUAUGUUUUAAAUAUUUUCCAAAUCUUAUUUCAUCCUAUCUCCAAAUGGUUUGUUGGGGUAGAAAAAGAACAUAAGAGGCUGCAGAAAUAUAAAUAAAAAACUAUAUGCCCCUAAUUUUUAACAGACAGAAUUUAAACUAUAAGAGAGGUGCUACCUACAUUUUUUAAAAACUUUGGAUUGUUCAUUUUGUUUUUUAAAAAAGUUACAUUUGUGGUCCUCUUCAGUUAAUUUUAUAUAUUAUUUUAGUAAGUACUCUCUGUUUGAUUGUUCUAUAGCAGAAAAUUCUCCAAAUGCAAAAGAAAAAAAAAAGUGGGAGUGAAAUUGAAGUUUGUACAUACAAAAGUUAUUUUAGAAAUAUUUUUAAUUCUCCAGUUUCUGCAAAAUAAUUAAAAUAUACAGUAACUGGUCUCUGAAAAUCCUGAAUUUAAUGUAUUAAAUACUUAUAAACAUUUUUAUAUUGGUGCCUUUUUAAAAUGCAUUGAGAGUGUUGGUUAGCUAUUUUAGCCCUACAACACUUUUAUUGUGUAUUUUUUAAAAUUACUAAUUGAAUACUGUAUAAUUCAUCUUUAUGUUCUUAGGGAAAACUGCUAAAGCAAUUUUCAAUACAGAAACUUUCAGCUUAGCUGCUAAAAGCAAAUGGAAACUUUGAAACCAAAUUUUAGUUUUUUUAGUUUGAUAGUAUUUUUUAAUCCCAUCCCAAUAUUAUAUAGGUAAAAUAGAAGGUGGGGUGAAAUUUUAGCUGUGAAUUCAUUUAUGGUAUGUGCUUUUGUUUUGUUUUUAAGAGAGAAUAAGUUCUGUAUCACACAAGGAUUUAUUAGUAGAAUUUUGAGUCCAAAAAAAUGCAGUGUUGUUUUUAAUUUUUAUCCCCAGACUAGUGUUAUUCUAGUCUUGGAACCUCUCUAUCUUCUAAUCUGUUAAUGUUUUAUGGAAUAAUGUAAAAAAGCAGAUAAUUAAUUCUCCUUGAAUGAAGCAAAACUGAACAGUUAAAUCACAUUGCUAUCCUCCAAAGCCUAAUCUCAAAUGGUUUCAGACCAUGGUUGUGUAUUACCUGCAGUGGAUGUGUUAGGAUAUGACAGCUUUUUAAAUAUGAGCUGCUGGUUAUGUAAAGCAAAUGUCAUAUGACCAAGAAGCUGUGAUAUGCUAGUGUUUCUUUUUAUCAUAGUGUAUUGCUAGGCCAAAUAAUGACACCUUGAAUAUUUUUACAUUUAUUGCAGAAACCUAAAAUUUUGGAAUUUCCAUAAGGUUUCCUAUAACAUUCUCUUUGUAGCUUUUUAGUUUUAUCUUGCUGUACUGUAAGUUUGUGGAUAUUUUUCACAUGCACUCUCAGAAAUAAGUUCUGUUCAUGGGAUUUUUCCCCCAUAUCAUCAUAUUUGUAUAUUUUCUGUAUAAAUUUGUUAUUAAUUAACCUUUAUUCCAUACAGAAUGGUACAAUCAUAACUAGUUUUCUAAGAUGUCCUUUUUAUUGUGAAUAAAACAUAAAAUUUAGAGGCCCUCUGCUACACCACAUAAAGUGUAGCAUGUAACUUCAUAUAGGUACAAAUAAGCCAGUUUGCAGCAAAUUGGGCCUUUAGAUUACCUCACAUGACAUACAGAAAGAAGUGCUUCUUGAACAGGUGGAGGUCACUGAAUCCCCUACUAUGCACUUACUAGGAUUUCACUUAAUUUAAUUUACUGGAAAUGGAUUAAAAAAAAAUACACUGUAAAAAGAGAAGGACUCGAUUUUAUUUUUUUGUUGUAGAUUUCUUUUGUUCUUUUUUUAAAAAAAAUAGUUCAAAUUCUGCAACUAUGAUUAAAAAAAGAAGAAGAAAAGAAAAAAGAAUUGUCUGUCCAGCACUCUUUGAUUUUGAACAUAAAUCACUUUCCCUUUUUGUGACUAAAUUCUCUUCUUAAAUUCUUUACACUCUCCCCACCUCUCUCUCCUCUCUGUGCAUCUUCCAUCACUGUGUCUGGAUGCCUUUGCCUGGCUUUCCUCCUACUGGUUAGAAGAUUAGGUCAACUCUUACUUCAAAUUCAUUGUUCCCUUCAGUCUUAAUUUUUUGUUUGUGAUUUUUUGUUGGCUGUAUAAUCUGCUGACAUAUUUUUAUACUCAAGUGUAGUUUUAUAUUAAAAAGAAAAGUGGUUGGAUUGAAAAAGUAAGCUAUAUAACCUUUGUGUUACUUUCACUUUCAAAUAUUGGGUACCUAAAAUAUGACUCCAGAGAUUAUGUAAUCCAACUAUGGUGCAUCUGCCUUCCUUUUUAUCAGAUUUUACCUUUUGAUUUGGCUUUCCUCUGAAAAUGUAAAUCAUGAGAGAUUGAACAAUUUUUUGCAAGUAUUUAGAAAGAUGUUAAAAAUGUAGAGAAAAGAGUCUUAAAUUUUCUCCCACUUUGGGAGAAGAAUGCUUUAACAUUACUAUAAUAAUAUUCCAGAUGUGGGGGGGUGGGGUCCUCAGGCCCCAUGUUUGUUCUUAACAGUUGGACCUUUUAGACCAUGUGUUAUUUGCAAUCCUAGAAUGGUUUUAAAAGAUUCUCUACUUUCCUUCUGUACAAGUGCAAUACUCCUCUUGAAGUCUUAAAAACUAUGGUGAUUUUUUUUUUCUUUUCAGAACUGUUCUAUCUUUAGCUAAUGAUAAAAAGAAACCUGUGGAAAUCUUAGUAUGUUAAGGGACACAACAGGCAAAGAAAAAAACACUCCACUAUCAAAAGGUUAGAUAACAUAGAAAUCCCUGGUCUGGUCACGUGUUAUCUUUAUUUAGGCUAAAUUUUCACUGAACUUAGUUAUCUUUGCCUGAGAAAUGUGACCUAAAGUUAAAAUACCGAUAAACUGAAUAUUCUUCUUAGAUCCUGCCCAAUGCUCUAAUAAACUAAUAUUUAAUAUUUCUUAUUUCAUUUCUCAUCUUUUGGAAAUGAAUUAUGAAAGCACUUAGGUCAAUUUUAAAUGUACAUCACCUAUUUGGGAAAAUUUUUUUUAAUAUAUGGAGCAACCCUGUUUUCAUACAAAAUUUAAGUAAGAAGUAUUUUCAUAUCGUUCAUAUUUAUAUGUAGUGUGCUGGUUUUCUUUCUUUUCUUUUUUUUAAAUACCUGUGUUCCUGUAGUAAAACUGCUGUAAUGUAAAUACAUGUUUUGUUAAAAAAUGACAUUUCUUUGGCAUUUCUUUUAAAGGCAGUUACUGCAUUUGUACAGUAUGUGUCUUGGCCAUUUAAUUUUUUUUUUUCUUUAACAAUACCAAAGGUAAUUAGACGAUUUUAAAGACUAAUUGCUUGACAGUUUCUAGGAUAUUCUGAGUUUUAGAAGCAAAAAAACAAAAACAAACAAAAAAAAAGGUCAAACCAGUAAACCUCAUUUUUUUUUCAAACUAAUAAUUUGGGAAAAUAAAACUAUUGUUUAAAAAAGAAUAUAUAUAUAAAUAUAUGUAAAAUUAAAAUUCCAGACCUUGUAUGUCAGGUUUGCUCAGUGUAAUGUAGUUUUUUUAAGGCUCAAAUACCAUACCUCAGAAAAUGGGGUUUACUAUGGAAAUGCUGAAACAGUCUUUGCAGCUGUGUGACAAGUCACUCUUGCUAUAUACUGAUUUGGAGACCUCCGCUAAACAGGUUUAUCACUGCAGACUAAAAUGUGGGACUUGUAUUUUCUUUGUUUUUAAUGCACACCCAUACAUGCUUUUUGCAUGUAUGUGGUAAUGUGUAUAUGUGUAUGAAUGUUGUAUAUGCAUGUGUGAGUGUGUGUCUGUAUGUGUGUACAACUAAAGAAGCUGCAGAAACUUUGUAAUACUUUGUGAAAAGGAUUAUAUUAUAAAGGUUUGUACUGUCUGAGUGCACAGCUACUGGAAUAAAUUUAGGGAAUCUCAGGAACAAGCAUAUAAUUUGUCCAAGAUUUAUUUCUUCUCAGAAGUGUAAGUGCAGUUUUUAAUUCUGUAUAUUAUUUAAUAUUUUACCAAUAAAAUAAACUUCUGACAUAAAAAA